AUGGGUGGCACUGUUUGCAAGAAUGAGAGGAAGUUUUCUGAAAAAUAUGUUAUGAAUUUGAAAGAGAAAGUGAGAGUUUUGCAAGAGGAAAUAAAGGAGAUGAUGUAUGAGAGGGAGAAAGAGGGUAGGAACUAUGAGAGAGAGAUAAUGGUGUUCACUUUCAAGGAGGCAGAUUGGAAGCAAGAAGGGAAGAGGAUGAAAGAGGAGAUGAAGCAAAUGAGGAAGUUGGUUGAAGAGAAAGAAGAGAAGAUUAGAAGCAUGGAAGAGCUUGGAAUGGUUGAGAAAAAUAGUGAGAAAGAGUGGGAAUUAAUGGGUACUAAGCUUUUGGUUGAACAAAUGAAGGAGGAGAAAGCAAGAAGAGAUGAAGCUGUUGAGAAAUGGAAGCAACUUUAUCUUGCAAUUAAGACUGAGCUUGAUGACCUCAUUCAGAGGACAUAUAAUGGGGAUGGUCUGUAUUGGAAAGCAGAGGAAGAUGACAUGCAAAUGGAAAAUUUGAAGAGGGAAUUGCAAGAAAAGGAAGAAACCAUCAAAGUCUUAAAAGCUCAAUUAGCUUCAAUGGAGAAAGAAAACUACAAAAAGGAGAGAGAGUUUGAUUUGCUAAAGCAAAGCUUGAGGAUCAUGAAUGGCAAGAAGGAUUCAAUCCAAAAGAAAGGGAAGCUCUUGAAAAGCAAAUUGGGAAAAUAAAAUGCAAAUAUGGUUUGAGUAUGUAUUAUUGUA